GCCAUUCUAGGCCAAGACUCGAACGACAUAAUAAAGUCCCUUGUCGCAUACAAGUACUCCCUUCUCUUCCCAUACUCUGAAGAUGGCGUAUACGGAUCGUACUUCAGACUUCAAAGAAACUGUACGGAAAUGCCGGGCUUCUCUGCCAAACACCGAUAGGCGAAAGUCUGCAUCUGACAGGCAGAGUCGGGAACAAGAUCUUUUUGGCAAAGAAUAUGUCUCUGAGGCAUACAAGAUUCUCACCCAUAUCACGACUCUGACACGCAUGUUGUCUACCAUCCGAAAACCAUACCUAAACCUGGACUCACGGCGUGGUCCGUUUGCUCGGCAUACAUCUCGAACAUUGGAUUUCAGUGGCAACGAUGAGCAGUCGUGGUCGUCGAUACGUCAGCUUUCUAACGAAGAACGGGAUCAAAUUGACUUGCAAGCACGGCUCAUCUUGUCCCGUUGUGCGGACAGAGUCAAAGAAAUAGAAGCCCUAGAAAAGCGACGCGCUGAGCUUGUUGCUAGCAAGACUAAUCCGCUAACCCGGUUCUUACCAGCGCGACUGCGACAAGACGAGUCGUCAAUCGCCUCAGAUUUCAUCGCAGCGCAUCAUUCGAGUAUAACGUGGUAUCUGAACCGCCGUCUCGCAGAGGCCAGUCAAAGCCAGAAGAUUAUGCAGGAAGAGCGCGUGAAGCGGGAGCUGGAGAGGUCACGGACUCUCGGCUCAGGUGCAGCGAAGGCGGCUUUGGAUAUCGGGAAUUCAGAUCUCAGGAGGGGCAAGCUGGCUAGGGCGGGGCGUCUUCCAGGGCCACUACAGCCACGUUCCGACACUACACCAAGCUCUGUCGACUCUGCACUUUCGAUGGAAGAUGACGACGACGAUAUUGAGCUGUCAGCCUCUCAAAUUCUCCAGUUUGAAACAGAAAACGCCAAUAUCCUGAGAGGUGUACAAGAUACACUGGAAUCGGUUCAGCAGGCUGAAUCGCGCCUUAUGGAUAUCAGUGCUCUUCAGAUGGAAGCUGACCAGCUAUACGAAGAUGCAAUUGCCACGACGGGUAUGGUGGAAAAGGGUAAUGUCCAGUUGCGGGAGGCGAGGAGGCGAGCAAAGGACGGUAGAAUUUUCAUUCUUCUAUUCCUUAUAGGCGCAAGUCUUAGUCUAUUGUUCUUGCAUUAUUAUUGA